CAACUCAUAUUCCAUUUUACAACAGAAAAUUUUUCCAAACGUUAUUUUCUAUCUGGAAUGUGACUCCAAUCAUUAAAUACGAUGACUUUGGAACAAUCGUCAAUGGAACAGUGGUUGGAUUUCUUCAAGAUUUUACGACUGGUGUUUACGAUCUGUCUUACACAGUAUUCCGAAUUGACAAGGCUUAUAAUUGGAGUGUAGCCUAUCCAUUUCGCCAGCUUUCAUUGAUGAUUCAAACCCAAAAGCAAGAUUUCUUGACCACUGAGGAGAAGAUUUUAUUAUUCUACAGCUCCUGAAUCCUGGUGCUAGCUAUAGUUGUCUUCAUCAUUUCUACUGGGUUUGUCAUGAUUAAUAAAAGCCAAGAAUUCAUCUCUGCUAUGUUGGAGAUGUUCAGGCUGUUAGUGGACACCAGCAUGCAACAACCUUUGAUCAAUCAUUCUGUUAGAAUUUACUUCUUUGGAGUCUACUGGUUGAUAACUGUUCUGAAUGCAUCAUUCACUGGAAACUUGGCUACUUUUUUGACUAAACCAAGUCGGCCUACUGUGGAAACUAUCCAGGACUUGAAGAUCAAGAAGUAUGAUACUUAUAUUGAAGCAACGUUGCAUGAUAUGAUUGGACGUAAAUUUCAGGUUCUAGGUAAUCAUCUCCAUGAAAUAAAUUUCCGAGACUGUCACAAGUAUGUCGUAAAGAAUCAUCAAGCUGCAUGCAUUGCUUUGACAUCUAGAGGAUAUAAACCAGCUUAUCGGUAUCAAUUUCAUUUGUCAAAACCACAACUACCAAUGUACACAUCUUUCAUUGGAUCCUUAGACUCGCCUUUUAUUGAAAAAAUCAGCAGGACAUCAUCAUUGUUCAUCGAAUCUGGACUCCAAGCACACUGGGAUCAUCAUGCUUCUUAUCGCUUCAUAAAAAAUUUAACUGCUACUGAAAAUCUAGAAACUUCACCCAGGUACAGGCCAAUUAAAAUGGAAGAUAUUCUGUUUGCUUUCAAGCUAUUGUUUGUAGGUCUUGGACUAUCCUUAGGUGUAUUCAUGGUGGAGUGUUGUGUUAAUUAUCAAGGAAGAAAACGAGUUAGAAAAAAAGUCAGAAGAAUAUUGAAGAUGAAGUUUGUCAAGAAUUGGUAAUUAAUUUAACUCUUCUUGACAAUAGAGAUUGCUAUUGGCAAUCUAAAUUGCUUCUUUACAUCUUGGAAUUAUUUAAUACUUUGUAAGAUCAGUGAAAUAUAGUUCAACAUUUAAAAGCUCAACAAAGUAGUGAUGGAAAAGAGGAAAGUAAAGUGGAACAUUUAGAUGUAGACUCUAUUGUAAUUCAUAAAUAUUUUUUACCUUUCUCCUAUUACUUUUUAAAAUAAAUAAAUGUAAUGUAAUGAUCUGUGUAGUAAUUUUAACAGUAAUUAUCAGCUGAAAAAUUUUUAAUUAUAACUCAGAAGAAGAAGAAGAAGUUGAAAUGCCUAAAAGAUUUAUCAAUUGAGAACUACUUAAUUACUUUGUAAUUAAAUCGAUAGAAUGCCAUAGUUAUCUAAUUACUUUCUGAUACAAUUAAUAGCAA